CUUAGUGUCCUUGACUCCUUGUCCUUUUAGAAAACACAUAGUUUACACUUACUCUGCGUGUUGUUCGACGCCUUAUGAUAUCAUUUAUUGAUUAAUUUAAUUAUGUAUUUAGUGGCGAUUUAAUUCAUACUUUUUUGGUGGAUGAGGUAUAAUUAAAUCUUCAGUUAUGACCAGUGAAGUCGAUCCUAAAGUUGACAUAAUGUAUGGAUUGAAGACGGUUCUUUCACAAAUUGAAAUUGCCGUGGCCAGAAGAAGUAAAGACCUACCUCAGAUAGCACCAAGAUUGGUUGCUGUAUCAAAAAUUAAACCUGUCGAACUUAUUGUGGAAGCUUACAACGCUGGCCAGAGGCACUUCGGAGAAAACUAUGUAAACGAAUUAAGUGAUAAAGCCAGUGAUCCAUUAAUACUGGAAAAAUGUAAAGACAUUAAAUGGCACUUCAUUGGACAUUUACAAACAAACAAGAUUAACAAACUACUUGGUUCGCCAGGCUUGUUUAUGGUUGAAACAGUUGAUUCAGAAAAAUUAGCUGAUAAUUUGAAUAAGCAAUGGUUGAAAUAUAGGAAGGAAAAGGAAAGAUUGAGAGUUAUGGUACAAGUUAAUACUAGUGGUGAACAAGGUAACGUAAUUUACUUAAUGAAUGACACUUUAUAUCUUUGGCAUAUUCGACUUUAUUUACUAAUAUGGAUAUUAAUUGUAGCUUCUCUAAGUUUAUUAGUUAGCCCAUUUUACUAUUAUUUUAUAGGUUCUUAUUAUAAUUUUCACAUUAAAUGAGUUCCUACGAUAUAU